GUUUUGGUUUGGAUGAGCCACAAGGCCCAUUACGACACUCAUCAGAGCAUAAAUUUACAAUUUUACAUCAUCAGCUAUUGUGGAUCCCCAAUAAGGCAAUAAUUUUGGAAUCCAAGAACUAGAAUCACAGUGACACAGAUCUCUUCCGGAAUGAUAUCUCCAGUAAACAUCAGUAAGUACUGAUGUAAAAGCAAUCAUACAACUCCUUGAAAAUCAAGUCUUCAUAUUCGAUUUAAUUUCUGCGCCCAUCUAAACGUCAAACCAACCUCCCAACUCCCCCACAAAAACCCCAGUACUGUCAAUCUUCAACCAAAACACAAAUCUCAAUCCUCUCUCCUCCUUCAAUAGCGAUGCAGUGGGCUUUGGUCUGCCAUGGCAUAAUCACACUGUUAGUAGUAAUCUCCUUCUUAUGUGGGCAAUGGCCAAUUUUCCAGGGUACAUUUAUUGAACACAUUCACAAUUUCAUCACCUUUGGCGCCUAUGAUUAUUUCCUGAGAUUUGUGGGAUGGGUUUGUGGAGAUCGAGGUAUGAAUGCAGUUCUCUCGGUUGAAUUCCACUGUUGCAAUCGUUCUAAUCCUAUAUUACAGAUCUUUUACCUUGCAAUACUUUCAACAACAUACUACUUUAUUGUGACAUCCUCAUUUGUUUACAUCCCUAAUUACUAUUUGGGUGAAAUUCAUAGGUAUACAAGCAUACUGGCUGUUGGUUUUGGUGUUGUACUCUUUUUGCUAACUAGCUUUACCGAUCCUGGAACUGUGACUGCAAAAAACGUAUCCCAGUAUAUUUCCGUGUAUCCGUAUGAUAAUGUCAUAUAUUCGGAUAAAGAAUGUUCAACUUGCAAAAUCCCGAAACCUGCAAGAUCCAAGCACUGCAGUGUGUGUGAUCGUUGUGUGGCGCGAUUUGAUCAUCACUGUGGAUGGAUGAAUAACUGUAUUGGAGAAAGAAACACUAGGUACUUCAUGGCGUUUCUUUAUUGGCACUUCUUUCUUUGUUUAUAUGGAGCUGUUGCGAUUAUUUUUAUUCUCGCUAGUCGGUUGAAGGAAAUGAAGAUAAUAUAUGUUUUGACAGUCUACUAUGGUGUAGAAAAUUCAUUCCGUGGGUUAGCUCCACACCUUGCACAGUGGCUGGUGGGCUCCUAUAACACUCAAAUACUUCUGAUGGUAUUUCUUGCAAUUGUCUCUUUGCUAAUGGCUGCUUUCUUCGGCUACCACACAAAACUGUGUCUUUCAAAUACCACUACAAAUGAGACAUACAAGUGGCAAGAUUAUAUAAGCCUGCAGAGGAAGAUAAAUGAAGCAAAAGCCAGUGCAAUGGCCCUGAGGGAAAGUAUUAGUGGACUUAGCCCUGAAAGCAAGCCUCCGGAGAGCAAAUGGAAAUCCUAUUUCAGAAGGUCACCUUUGAGAGAUGCAGGGGUGGUGUCAAAGAUAAAUAUUUACGACAAAGGAAUUGUUCAUAAUCUUUGUGAGGUUAUCUUCCCCUUUUCAACAAGAUCCUCCUUCAUGCGAGCUAAAGAAAAGUCUAGUUAGAGAGAGAACGUUGUAAAUUUGUUGUAUAAUUCAUUGCAUUUUAGCAACUUGAUAUGCUUUCCAAGGCUUCAAUCAACACUGGAGUUGCAGUUCGAAAGAAGAAGGGAUGGGGGCGUAGAGGACUAGAGGUGUUCAUGUCUGGUGCUUAUUAUACAUUCCUAGGAGCUAGCUAGUCUGAACAUGAGGUGAUGGUUUUGAAGAUUGAACCACAGUGUAUUAGUUAAUACUUCAUUCUUUGCCAAUAAGGCGUGUACAUUUAUGUUGAAGAAGAGCAAUAUUAGGGAAUAUAUUUGCUUACUAUGACUUUACAUUCAGAAUUUUGUUUUUACAAAUUUAAAGAAAGUUUAGUAACUUCUGCUGA